CCCAGUAGCCAAAUCUCAAAUUAAUGUCAACAUGACCUGUCCUAAAAAAUUAUGCGCAAUAAUAUCACGGAAACCUACUGUCCAGAGAAUGUCCUAACACUCUUGGAAUAUUCAAGUCAGAUCGGCGAGGCGUUUCGGCCGUUGCUCGGGACGAGAGUGGCGCGAAUGACGUACUUCGUCGCCGCAUCGUUCGUCGUUGCCGAAACCGCGGGAAAAUACGCCGAAGUUCGCGAACGGCAAAGGAGAGACGUGGACAAGGUUUUGCUGACACUUGCGGAUAUGGCUCUCUGGCGUCUGAUGGCCUCCGUCGUCUUCCCAGGCGUGGUCAUUAGAUCGGUUUGUAGCCUGACGUGCCGCCGACUGGCGCGUAGUAAGAUUUUGCCAGUGUUCGUCCAAAGCGCCUUGACCACUUGCGCGGGUUUGUCGCUUAUACCGUUAAUUGUAAGGCCGAUCGAUAGUUUAGCAGACGCGGUUUUGGAUCACACCUUACGUAAACCGGUCAAGACGUAGAGCAAAUAAACAAAAUCAGGAAAA